UUCUUACUGAUCUUAUAUCUUAUACUUCUAUGCUUAACGAUAAAAUUCAAAAUCAAAAUGUUCAAAACGUUCGUUGUUUGUACUGUAUUAAGCACAGAUAUUUUUAAUGGUUUAGUUCAGUGUUUAUGUAAAUAAAUAUGGUGUAAUAAAAACAAAGUUUGUAUCCAUAAAAAUGGCGAGUAAUUCUAUAGGACGUAGAUCAUCCACAAAUCCGGUAAGGAUAUCUUUGAUUGAUAGAGAAGACAAAAGUUUAACAAGGACUGAUUCAAGAAGAACGCAAACACUGAAACCGAAAAUUUCUAUUACAUCGACCGACAGUUCUCAUAUACCAAGGCCUCGCUUUCGAGCCUCUUCGUGCGAUAGAGCGUCUGGCAUAAAGUCAGGCUUAAAAGCGACAGGUAAAACUCCUCUUCGUCAUGUACCAGCUACACCAAAUACACCCACAGCAAGCAGCAGCAAACAUUCUGUUCUUCGUUCCAUUAUAAGUUCUAAUAGAAUUCAUGCAGGACUUCCCACAGGACGUAGGUCUUUAUCAGCUGAUCGCGCUAGCAGUAUUGGUGCAAAAGGUCCUAGAAAGGAUACCAGACCACUAACAGAUAAAACUCAUCAGGCUUAUAUGCUUUCAAGAAUAGACAACUUUUUUGAUAUGCACCAAUGUUCUUCUAUGCUAAACAGUAAUGGUAGCCUCAAACCUAUUACUUUGAAAAUGUUUGUAGAAGUUACUGGUCAUUUGAUAAAAAUAUUAGACAUUAAACAGACUCUUACGAUUGUUAAUUAUAUAGAAGAACUACCAAAAAUUGCAAAGAAACUUCAUUAUCCAGGUAUUAUUAAUAAGUCUUGGUUAAAAACUGCUAAUGCUAUGCAUUCAUGGCCUAAUGUUUUGGGGUGGAUCAGCUGGUUGGUAGAUAUUUGUGAAAUACGGGAAAUAGCUUUUGAAAAAUACAGCUUAGAAAAUUUGCCAUUUAUGGGUGAUGAAAAAGAAGCUAAAAUGUAUAAAAAUACUUUAUUUUCGAUGUUUGAUUUUUACAAUGCCUGGAAUGAUGAAAAACUUGAUGAGGAAGCAGUAAUGGUUGAAAGGUAUUUACAAGAAAUUGAAGAACAACAAGGAGUUAGCGAAGAAAUGUUGAACAAUGCGCACUCUGAAUUAGAAGAAGAAAUGGCUAAAUUUCAGGUAGCUGAAGAAAAUGCAAAUAAAAUUGAGGAAGAAGUAAAACAUUUACGAGAAGUACUGUCAUCAUUACGAAAAACUGAAGAAAAGCAGUUAAACGAAAUUAGUGCAAAAGAAGAAUACUUGAAAACAAUUAAUUUUGAAACAGAACAAUUAAAUGCUGAAUAUGAUGUACUAUGUGAACAGAUCUCUUUACAAAAGAAACAAAAUGAUGAAUUACUUUUAGUUGUUAAACAACAGCCUAUGACUACCUCAGAAAGGGAUAAAAUUUUGGAAAAAUGUAGGGAAAUCCAAAAUUACAUGAAACAGUUCGACGAACAUUUGCAAGAGAUACAAAAAGAAUUGUAUACUAUGGACAUUAAAUUAGCAUCUGUUACUAAUAACGUAACUAAAACAAUUCUAACAUAUAAUAAAGAAAUAUUCGUGCAUCUGAGUAACAAUGUAGGUAUAGAUUUAGAAGAGUUAAAGAUGCCAGAAAAGGGUAUAUUAAAUCCCGAAAUUAUGGAAAUACUGACAUCUAAAGCGAACUUAAUGAAUGACUUAAAAGAAUUGCUGAAAAAGCAAAUUAUCGAAAAAGAACAUUCAUUAGAAAUAAAUUCCAAUGAACUGGAAAAUUUGCAUGAAAAAAUGAAGAUCUUAGAAGAAGAAAGUAACGAUGUUGCUACUAAAAUUAAAGAACGAAAAAAUCUUGCAAGUAAAAUUAAAACUGAUGCUAAAAAUGAAGAAGCAAAAUUGAAAGAACAAAUAAGAAAUUUUCAAAAUGAUAUUAAAGGAAUUCAAGAAUUAAUGCCAAACGUACAGUCGCUAUCUGCGGAAUUAGAAGAAGCAAUGGACAAGUUGGAUGCAGUUAAGAGAAGAAAAAAUUAUAUAGAAGAAUCUGCAAAAUUAUUCUUUGAUAGAUUUUAUGAGAUUUUAGGAGAACAUAGAAAUGAACUUUAUAAUAUAUUAAUAAAACAUAAUAAAUAGUCAAGUUCAUUUGUAUAUAAGUUUAGCAUGUUUUGAAUAUAAGUUUUAUACAAUAAUUUAAUUAUACAGGCAUAUAAAUACCAUUCUCAUACAUUGCAAAGCACUGUACAUA